AUAGAUUCAUUUCUACCCCGGAAAAUCAAACCAAACCAAACCAAUCCACCAGCAAAUUAUUCCAGUCCAAAUCGGAAGAAAUGGCCGCCGUCACCACACAGGCCUCCGUCACCGUUUUCCGGCCGUGCGCGACGAAAACCCAAUUUUUGGCGGGAUCGUCUUUUGGAAAAUUGAACAGAGAAGUGUUCGUUAGACAGGCGGCUUCGAACUACAAAUCGUUCAAAGUCGAAGCCAAGAAAGGCGAAUGGCUACCUGGUUUGGCCUCUCCCAACUAUCUCGCUGGCAGUCUACCCGGAGACAAUGGAUUCGACCCAUUGGGUCUAGCCGAGGACCCGGAGAACCUGAAAUGGUUCGUCCAGGCCGAGCUAGUCAACGGCCGGUGGGCAAUGUUGGGAGUCGCCGGAAUGUUGCUACCGGAGGUUCUGACAUCCAUCGGCCUAAUCAACGUUCCCAAAUGGUACGACGCAGGAAAAUCCGAGUACUUCGCCUCGUCAUCCACUCUGUUCGUGAUCGAGUUCAUUCUUUUCCACUACGUCGAGAUCCGAAGGUGGCAAGACAUCAAAAACCCUGGAAGCGUCAACCAAGACCCCAUUUUCAAGAGCUAUAGCUUGCCUCCCAACGAGGUCGGCUACCCCGGUGGCAUCUUCAACCCCCUCAACUUCGCCCCCACUCAGGAGGCCAAGGAGAAAGAAAUCGCUAACGGAAGACUGGCGAUGUUGGCGUUCUUGGGAUUCGUUGUGCAGCACAAUGUGACCGGAAAGGGUGCAUUCGAUAACCUGUUGCAGCAUCUUUCUGACCCAUGGCACAACACUAUUAUCCAGACAUUCAAGAAUUAAUUAAUUUAAGUUCAAAAUCUAUAUAUAUAUAUAUUAAUGGUGUUCUUUUUUCAUGUAAUGUGUUUUGGACUGAGAUUUGAUGGGGCUGGAUUUUGUAAACAUGGCAAGUUCUUUUAAUGUACAGGAAAAUCGAAUGCGUUUAAUUAAAUCGAUUCGCAGCAACUAUUGCUGUCUUAAGAAAAAACGCUUAAAACUUUUUUUAACCAGCAAUCUUUCAUUCCGAUUUUCGGACAGUAUGUUAGUACCUUUUAAUGUUA